AUGCCUCCCAAAUCGCCCACCAAAGCUGCCGCUGCGAGCAGCAGCGGAAGCCGAAUCCCCUUACACCUUGUUCGCCACGGCUGCGGCCUCGUUGCCUUUGGCUUGCUCUUUGGGUUCGUCGUGCCGUUUACGCCAUACCCGCGACUAGGCCUCACCGCGCACAUACAGUUCUCCGUGGAGGGAACCAUGGUGCUCGUCGCGGGGCUGCUUCUCCAGUCCGACCCGUUUGCCGGCGCGCGAAGUGCAUCCGCCAAGCCCGUUCCCCUAGCGGACAGACUGGGACCAUGGCAGCGACGCAUCAUCUACAUCGGCCUCUCGCUGAUCUGGGUGACCUUGCUAUCGGAGGCGGCAAAUGCCUGGUGGGGCACGCAGUGGGUACUGAGGCAAGCCCAUGCUGCCGCGGGCUUGAAGGGCGACGGGCCUGCCGCUCGGUGGAUGGAACUGGUGGUGGAAUAUUGCCACAAACCGCCUGCGUUGCUCCUCGCUACGGUUUUCCCCACGAUUCUAUACGCCCUCUUCCAGGAACCGUAG